AUGGAAUGCAUCAGCCGGAGCAGAAGCGGAGACGGCCCAAGCAAACCCGCCGCCCCCUCCGCCGCCGGGGAGGAGGAGGAGCUCGGCGUGACGCCGCCGCUCCUCGACUUCCUCCGGACGCUCUCCCCCGACGCCUUCAAGUCGUCCGCCCUCCAGCUCCACCAAGGUGGCUCCGGUGAGGCGGCGGGCGGCGAGCUCUCGGACUGGCAGCAGCGGCACGCCGUCCUCGUGCUCGCCAGAGCCAAGGAACUCGCUAAGAUCCGGUAUGAUCUGUGCCCACGCCACAUGAAGGAUAAGCAGUUCUGGUCAUUAUACUUCCUGCUCGCCAGGAGCUACAUCUUACCGUACGAGUUACGUGCCAUACAAAAAGAGAAGGUAAGAAGGAUGGAGACAGAAAACAGGAAGCCCACAAAUGCGAUUACUGUUGAGGUGGAGAUGCAAGAAUCGAAGUGCAGUACAGAUUCUCAAACGUUAACAGAUGAUUCAGAAAAUCAUGAUGCUUAGUUAGUGUUUACAAGUCUGGAACCUAAGGAAGGGCGCUUGAUAUCACUAGGUUUAGUAACUAUCACAAACUAUAUAGAGAACUGGGGCGCCUGUUUGUCCUUCAGGGCCAAUUGGAACACCCAUGAGAUCAUGCUGGCAGCUUGUAUUCGUCGACUAGGAGGACGAUGUCCUUGUCGGUGACGACCCUUGGCAGGAAUUCGUGAACAGCACGUCCUGUAUAAAGAACCUUCCCCGCAGGAGGUGCAGCAGAUGGGCAAGCAGGGCAGGCUAGGUAGUAGCAGCUGUUGCGUCUGUUGGUUCGGUCGAAGUAAAUUUCUGAAGAAGAGAAGCCGUUCGCAGCUUAAGGCUUGCUCUGCUGCGUAUGUUUCCGUAGCCCUUUUCCUUUCCCUAGUUUUUCCGAGACCUGGAACUCGAAGCACAUAGAUCAUGCCUUUGC